ACAAACCUCGACUCGGCGGAGGUUGCGGAUCCUGAGCAUGUGAAAUUGAGUAAAUCAUUCUCCAACUAUCAUGGAGCCUAUGUAUCCUCUCACAGGGACCCAGAUGAAUACCAGGUUUUCUUCAAGCAGGAUGGUGCCUUUCUAUUUUCCUCCAUCAAAAUGUGCGCUUUGGAACCCAGUGCCAAUUGGAGAUUAUAUCUACUUACAUCUCAAUUACCACAGAAAUCCAAAGCUUGUGGUAACUGAAAAGACCAUCCGACUUGCUUGUCGUCAUGCUAAGCAGAAUAAAGAAAACUUGCCAUGCUUUUUACUUGGUUCUCUCACAGUAGAUGAAGAUGAAGAAAGUGUGACAUUGACAAUAGAUCGUUUUGAUCCUGGUCGAGAGGUACCUGAAUGCUUAGAAAGAACCCCUACUGCUUCUCUUCCUGGGGACUUUGUGAUCCCAUGCAAAAUUCAUACUCAAGGACUUUGUUCAAGAGAAAUAAUAGUGCACAAUGCAGAUGACUUCAAUUCAGCUUUUAAGGCUCUGCAGCAUCAUGUGUGUAGCAAAGAUUCCUUGGAUUGUGCUCUGGCAAGAAACUUGAGCAGUAAUCUGAAUAUUUCUCAAGUUCAAGGUACCUAUAAAUAUGGAUAUCUUACCAUGGAUGAGACACGCAAAUUGUUACUUUUGCUGGAAUCUGAUCCCAAGGUUUAUUCUCUACCAUUAGUGGGAAUCUGGCUGUCUGGAAUUAUACAUAUCUAUAGUCCUCAGGUGUGGGCUUGCUGCUUGCGCUACAUGUUCAGUUCUUCUAUUCAAGAAAGGGUUUUUUCAGAAUCUGGAAAUUUCAUUAUAGUUCUCUAUUCUGUGACACAUAAGGAUCCUGAGUUUUAUGAAUGCCUCCCUUGUGAUGGCAGGUCACCUGACCUUCGAUUCCAGCUACUAACUAGUAAGGAAACAUUACAUCUUUUCAAAAAUGUUGAACCUUCUGACAAAAACCCAGCCUAUUUUGAACUGAGUGCUGAAGGCCAGAAUGCAGAAAGAGAGUUUUUUAACAAUGUUUCCAAGAAUCUUUCAAUUAAGAGGUCUUCUCAAAAGUUACCUCCAGGGAAAAUGCCAAUAAGUGAUCAUGACUCUGGUGUUGAAGAUGAAGAUGUUUCUCCAAGACCAAUUCCUAGUCCUCAUCCAGUGAGUCAGAAGGUUUCUAAGAUCCAGCCAUCAGUUCCUGAACUUUCACUUGUAUUGGAUGGCAACUUCAUAGAAUCAAACCCUGUGCCUAACCCAUUGGAAAUGGUGAAUAAUGAAAAUCCUCCUUUGUUGAUUAACCAUUCUGAACACUUUGAGCCAUUGCAACCCCAGCUUUAUGAUGAGAAACACAGCCCAGAAGCUGAAGCUGGAGAGCCUUCCUUGAGAGGGCUACCAAAUCAAGUAAACCAGGACACUGCUCUUUUGAGACACUGCAAAGUAAGACAGCCAUCUACCUGUAAGAAAGGGAGCCCCCAUAUCAGGAACAGUGUUAAACCGUCUUCUUUUAAUGGACCAUCUCCUGAGGCAUCUGAAAAGCUUCAAACAGUUUCUGCUGGAAAUGUACACAAAGAAGAGUAUCCUGUAAGAUCCUCCACAUUUAAUUCCAGGCAGUCUUCCCUUGCCCCACAGUCCCACCCACACAAUUUUGUUUUUUCACCCCAUAAUUCAGGAAGACCGAUGGAAUUUCAGAUACCUACCCCCCCGCCACCAUCUUACUAUUCCACAAAUGUUUGCAGUUGUUUUCAGCAUCAUGGCCGUAUUCAAUAUAGUCCAAUAAAUUCUUUGCAAGGAAUGAAUACAGUAGGAUCCAUUCAAGACCUCCAGUCUGAAGCCCUUCAGAAACAUUCAUUAUUUCAUCCAAGUGGAUGUCCAGCUCAGUAUCAUAAUGCAUUCUUUUCCUCAAGUAGUCCUGUAGCCUUGAGACCUCAGGGAAACAUGGGGGGUUGUUCUUCCCACAGCAAUGUAGAACCAUCGCCUGUGGCAAGACUACCUCCACACGUGGACUCAUGUAACCCAUGGCCUUGUGCAGUAUGCGUGCACACACCCAAGACUGGGUCAGAUAAUGGAAUGAUGGGACUAUCUCCGGAUGCGUAUAAGUUCGUCACAGAGCAAGACAGACAGCUGCGACUACUUCAGGCACAGAUUCAGCGUUUGUUGGAAGCACAGUCUCUGCAACCCUGUUCCCCUAAGACAACCACUGUUGAAGACACAGUGCAAGCUGCCAGACAAAUGGAGUUGGUUUCCAUGGAAGCACAGUCUCCCCCUGCUUUGCACAUGAGAAAAAGUGUAAGCAUUGCUGUGAGCACAGGUGCCAGCUUGUUUUGGAAUGCGGCAGGUGAUGAUCAAGAGCCUGAAUCUCAGCUGAGACAAGAUGAUACCAAGAUUUCCAGUGAGGACAUGAAUUUUUCUGUUGAUAUUAAUAAUGAAGUCACAAGUACGCCUGGUAGUGCAUCUUCAUUAAAAGCUGUUGAUAUUCCCAGUUUUGAAGAGAGCAACAUUGCUGUGGAAGAAGAAUGUAAUCAGCAACUUUCUAUAUCCAACAGCUCUUCUCCACUUGUGAGAAAAGAACCUGAUGUGCCUGUAUUCUUUCCAAAUCCUCUGCUGGCAGAGAGUGUAAGCAUGUGCUUCCAAAGUGGACCAACAGAGGGUGCCACUAAUAGCUCUGCAACAUCAGGGGAACCCAAAACUGAGCAAGUAAUGCAACCCUUGCCUCAUCAACCAUCAGAUAACCAGAAACUAUUCCAGGAUGUGUUGGGUCAAGGGAACCACCUAUUGAAUGACUCCCACAAGGAAACUGAGCAGCCAUCUACCAAAGCAGUAAUUAUCAGUCACGAAUGCACCAGAAUGCAGAAUGUUUACCAUACUAAAAAAAAAAAACAUGAUUCAGGACCGGUGGACAAAGAUUGUGUUCUUAAUGCAACCCUUAAGCAACUAAGAAGCCUUGGAGUAAAAAUUGAUUCUCCUACUAAAGUGAAGAAAAAUGUACAUAAAGUGGAUCAUGCCAGUGUGUUGGCAUGCAUCAGCCCUGAAGCAGUGAUCUCUGGAUUAAACUGCAUGUCAUUUGCUAAUGUUGGCAUGAGUGGUUUAAGCCCCAACGGUGUGGAUUUGAGCAUGGAGGCAAAUGCUAUAGCUCUGAAAUAUUUAAAUGAAAAUCAGCUGUCACAACUGUCUCUCACUCGAUCAAACCAAAAUAACUGUGACUCAUCUUUUAGCCUUCUACAUAUUAAUACAGACAGAAACACAGUGGGCCUUAGUUUAAUUUCACCAAACAACAUGUCAUUUGCAACCAAAAAAUACAUGAAGAGGUAUGGACUGAUUCAAAGCAGUGACAAUAGUGAGGAUGAAGAGGAGCCUCCAAACAAUACAGAUACCAAGAGUGAACAUUUAGUGAAUCAAAACCUUACGUGCAUAGCUGAACAACUUGAUUGUCAGAAAGAGCCUUCUAAGAAUGCUUGUGAGAUAACUACUCGUUAUAACUAUGACUCCAUGGGCACCCACACAGAUAUGCCAGUACUGAGAAAUAUUACAAAUGAAGUUGUUCGGCCAAAAGCAACACCACAGUUGAAUGAAAACCCAGAUUUCUUAUUAAAGAACCUUAAAGCAAGUCCUGCAGUGAACCUCCGAACUGGAAAAGCAGAGUUCACCCAACAUCCUGAGAAAGAAAAUGUAAGGGACACUCCGAUUUUUCCUGAAAGUUUGAAACCUUCUGAUACUUUAAAGCAAAUGAAUAGUAUGAAUUCAGUAGGCACCUUCUUAGAUGUGAAGCGUCUCAGACAGUUGCCAAAAUUAUUUUAAACUUUUAACUUCCCCGCCCUCCUGAUAUGAGGAUGGGAUAUCUCCUGAAGAUACUUAUGGAAGCCAGAGCCUUUUGAUAGUUUGGGAAUUCCUAGUCAUUCUAGGGAUCACUCUGUUUCUUGGUAGCAGCUGAUGGCAAAGAGCUGAACAAGUGAC